AUGGGUUUCCAAUCCGUUGCGGUGGCUGCGAUUGCAAUCACGUUCUUUCUGAUCAGAUACCUGAACGGUACCGAUGUCCCCAAGAUAAAGAAUCUUACCGAGAUACCGGGAGUUCCGAUAUUUGGAAACCUCAUUCAGCUUGGGGAGGAGCAUGCCAAAGUAGCGGCAGGCUGGGUGAAGAAAUACGGAGCGGUAUUCCAGGUUCGGUUGGGGAACAAGAGAAUCAUCUUUGCCAAUACCUUUGACUCCGUCAAAUACUUCUGGAUCACCCACCAAUCCGCGCUUAUCUCCCGCCCAACACUCCAUACAUUCCACACAGUGGUAUCCAGCUCACAGGGCUUCACCAUCGGCACAUCUCCAUGGGAUGAGUCGUGCAAGAGACGUCGCAAGGCUGCCGCCACUGCUCUCAACCGUCCCGCUGUCCAAUCUUACAUGCCUAUCAUUGACCUAGAAUCCAACGUCAGUAUCAAGGAGCUACUCCAGGACAGCAAGAAUGGGCAGAUAGACAUCGACCCCAAUCCCUACUUCCAGCGAUUUGCGCUGAAUACGAGUCUGACUCUGAAUUACGGAAUUCGCAUCGAUGGAAGCAUCGACAACGAGCUUCUGAAGGAGAUCUGCCAUGUUGAGCGAAUUGUUAGCAACUUCAGGAGUACGAGCAAUAACUGGCAGGACUAUAUUCCCUUGCUUCGAUUAUGGCCAAGUCGUAACUCCGAGGCUAAGGAGUUCCGCCAACGGAGAGAUAAUUACUUGACUCUCUUGCUGAAUAUGUUAAGAGAAAGGAUAGAGAACGGCACAGAUAAACCAUGCAUCACUGGAAAUAUUCUGAAGGACCCCGAGGCUAAACUAAAUGAAGCUGAGAUCAAAUCCAUCUGCCUAACCAUGGUGUCUGCUGGUCUCGACACCGUCCCCGGAAACAUAAUCAUGGGCAUCGCGUACCUUGCCUCUGACCAUGGCCAAGAAAUUCAAGCCCGCGCCUAUAAUGAAAUCAUGAAGGUAUAUCCAAACGGAGACGCCUGGGGAAAAUGCCUCGUCGAAGAAAAAGUUGCCUACAUCACCGCCUUGGUCAAAGAAAUCCUCCGUUUCUUCACCGUCAUCCCUAUCUGCCUCCCCCGCGUCAGUAUUAAGGAUAUCCCCUAUGAGGGUGCAGUUAUCCCAGCUGGUACUACAUUCUUCAUGAACGCCUACGCUGCCGACUACGACUCCACCCACUUCAAAAACCCCCACCUCUUCGAACCAGAACGCUACCUAAACACCUCCGACGGCGCCGGAACCCCCCACUACGCCUACGGCGCCGGCUCGCGCAUGUGUGCCGGCUCCCACCUGGCUAACCGCGAGCUCUACACCGCCUUCAUCAGGCUGAUCACGGCCUUCCGCAUGGUACCCGCGAAGGAUCCCAAGGACCAUCCGAUCCUCGACGCGCUGGAUUGCAAUGCGACGAAGACGUCGCUUACGUUGGAUCCGAAGCCGUUUAAGGUUGGGUUCCGGGUUAGGGAGCCGGCGAGUUUGGAGAAGUGGAUUCGGGAGAGUGAUGAGCGGACGAGGGAGUUGUAG